AUGGCGAAAGUUCUCGAAAAUAUAGACGACGAAUUGUUUAUUAAUGAAAUUAAAGAAAACGAAUGUAUCUGGAACUACAGCAGUGAAUUGAACAGUGACAAAAUAAAGAAAGAUGGUGCAUGGAGAGCCUUAUGCGAGAAAUUUGAUCCUGAUUUCAACGAAAAAAGUGUAAAGGAAAAAAAUGAUAUUGUGUUAUCCUCUGACGUCAAUUUAUAUUCUAAUCAGACCUCAUUAUGCUCGCAGUUUAACUAUCACCAGCCCUCAUACUCGCAGUUCAGCCAUCAGUCAUCGUCAUCCUACUCGCAGCCAAGCUAUGAUGAUUUUAGUAGUGGCUACAGUACUGGACCUCCUCAAGCAUCUACCAGUCGACCACUACAAACUGAUAUCACCAUUGGCUACAGCAUUGGAGUUCCUCAAGCAUGUACCAGCCGACCACUACAAACUACGAGACUUGAAGAAACAGAUGUUUUGUCUCCUGCUGAUACUGAAGCAUCGCAGUCGUCGAUACAUAGCAUUUUCUGA